GUAUAUGUGCAAAACUAUCGCCCAUCUCUAGGGCAUAACAUAAUACACAAGUGUGCGAAUUCCAUAAAGUUGCGCACGGCCAGAAACGGGUCGGUUGACAAGAUAACAGCAACAAAAACAACAUCAACAACAACAGCAAAUACAUCAAUAACAGCCGCUCUGUGUUAAUAGAAGACGCCACGUUCUUUAUUGUAAACAAGUCUAGUCAACAAACAGACCAAAUGAGCGCACACUCCAGCUAAACCCGAGCAGCAAAAACCAAAUAACACCCACACGCACACACAUACUCACAUUCAUUAACCCCAUCCCCGCCUCCACCCCACACACACACAUACAAAAUGCGCGUAGUAGCAAUGGUAAGUGGCGGCAAGGAUAGCUGCUACAAUAUGAUGCAGUGCGUCGCCGAGGGUCACGAAAUUGUCGCCCUAGCCAAUUUGCAUCCCAAGGACAGAGAUGAGCUGGACAGCUUUAUGUACCAGACCGUUGGCCACAUGGGCAUCGAGAUACUCGCCAGCGCCAUGGGCCUGCCGCUGUAUCGGCGCGAGACGAAGGGCAAGAGCACACAGACCGGCAAGCAAUAUGUGCCCACCGAUGAUGAUGAAGUCGAGGAUCUCUACAGUUUGCUGGAGACGUGCAAGCACGAACUAAAUGUGGAGGCGGUGGCUGUUGGUGCCAUAUUGUCAGACUAUCAGCGUGUGCGUGUGGAGAACGUGUGCAGCCGCCUCAACCUGAUAUCCUUGGCCUAUUUGUGGAGGAGAGAUCAGACUGAACUGCUGCAGGAGAUGAUCGACUGUCAGGUGCAUGCCAUUAUCAUCAAGGUCGCUGCAUUGGGCCUGGUGCCGGAUCGUCAUUUGGGCAAAUCGUUGCGCGAGAUGCAAACUCAUCUGCUGAAGAUGCGCGACAAGUAUGGUUUGAAUGUGUGCGGCGAGGGCGGCGAAUAUGAGACAUUCACGCUCGACUGUCCGCUGUUCAAGCAGCGCAUCUCUGUCGAGGAUAUACAGACGAUAAUUAGCAGCGCCGAUCCGAUCUGCCCCGUUGGGUAUAUCAAUUUCACGAAGCUAACGCUGCAGCCCAAGGAGCCAAAUGCUGGCGGCGAUGUGGUCUUUGUUAAAAAGUCACUCGACUAUAUAAGCGAUCUCAAUGAGUCGACGUACAGCGAUCUGAGCGAUCCGGAUUUUAGUGAAACCGAACUGGAGCUAAUUGAGAAGGAGACGCGCAUGCGCGAAUCACUUAGCCAGAAUGAGUUGAUAUCGCGCAGCAAUUCAUUUGGCAGACAUUUGGCAACAUCAUCGUCCUCGCCGAUACCCAUUGUAACGAAGAGCGCCAGCGUCGACGAGCCCAUACCGACGGCCAGCUGUAUGACGGGCAGCGCCUCUCUGCUGCUGCUGGCCAAUGCGAAUCAAGGGAUAGCUGGUGCGGCAUCAGCAUCAGCAUCGGCAUCGGCAUUGGCAUUGGGUGCCACAGCAGGUGCUGCAUUGCAGGCGAACAGCUGUUGCGGCUUUGGCAGCUCCCAUCCAUUGGGCAGCAGCACGGCCGCCGUAUGCGGCUCGCUGUCGCUGGCCAUCUCCUCGCUUGGGCUGAGCACCACACAGUGCAACAAUAAUGCGGCGGCGACGGCGACGAUGCCAACGGGCUAUACACAGCCGCCCAGUCCAAUGAAAUAUGAACGUGAAUUUCGUCCACUUGCCAAUCAGGCCAAAGCGGCCAUCAAUGCCAAGGGCUGGAUGUGGCUGGCCGGCAUACAGGGCUGUGCCGCCAACAUGGAGCAGGGCAUGCAACAGGCCUUGCAUACGCUGCGUGAGCUCUGCUCCAGCAAUGGUUAUGAGCUGCAGGAUUUGUGCUUUACCACGCUCUAUGUGCGCUCCAUAGCCGAGUAUCCGGCAUUGAAUAGCAUCUAUUUGCAAUCGUUUGGCUUUCAUAAUCCGCCCACGCGCGUCUGUGUUGAAUGCCCGCUGCCGGAUGAUUGUCAUGUAAUUAUGGAGGCCAUUGCCUAUCAUGCCCCGGCCACACACAGCGGCGAUGAUAGCGAGGAGACCCAACAGCUGCUCAAUGGCCGGCGAAACACGAUGCAUGUCCAGGGCAUAUCGCAUUGGGCGCCCGCCAAUAUUGGCCCCUACAGCCAGUCAACGCGGAUUGGCGACAUCACCUACAUCUCGGGCCAAAUUGCACUUGUGCCGGGCAGCAUGACAAUCAUCGAGGGCGGCAUCCGGCCCCAGUGCAAGCUCACCUUGCGUCACAUCAGUCGCAUUGCCAAGGCAAUGAAUGCCCAGGGACAGCUGCGCGAUGUCGUCCAUGGCAUCUGCUUUGUCACCCAUCCCGCCUUCAUUGGCGAGGCGCGCCGCCUAUGGGAGCGUCGCACCACAAACGCCAUCAUGGACUAUAUUGUGCUGCCAGCACUACCGCGCGAGGCGCUCGUCGAAUGGCAGGUGUGGGCACACACCCAUAACGAUCGAUUCGACUAUGAGGAAACGGGCUGUUCGGUGAGCGAUUAUACCAUCUCGAUACGUCGUCGCUGGAACUAUGAGAACAAUUGUGCGGCAAUUGUUUGCUAUGUGGCCACCGGUUUGGCCUCGUCGACCACCCAAUUGACGCAGCUGAGCGACGAUGUGCUGGGCAAUCAUUGCCGCUUGGCGCAGAGCCUCAGCGCCGAGCAUCUGGACGAGAUACUCACCUAUACUGUGAAUCGCCUGCUCAAGGAUUAUCCGCUGGCCAAGCGGCAACAGCAACAGCAGCAGCAGCAGCAGCAGCAGCUGCAGCGCGAGGCUGAUGAGCAGGCGGCACAUAGCACUGCCACGCCCACAGAGGCACAACUGCAACAGCAGCCCGGUGGCGGCGGGGAUCAGCCAGCCUCAUCUGCCGCCAGCGUAUUGCCAGCGAUACAUUUGAAGCUAUUCUAUCAGGUGAAUGCGGCACCGCCAACAGAUCUGUUGUUGCAGGCGUUGCACGAUUUCCGGCACAAAUGUCAGGAGAUGGCGAAUGUAGUGUAUACCGUGUUGCCGGCGUGCAGUUUGCACAAUUUCAGUACGUUCCUGUCCAUAUGUGGUGUGCGGCAUGAAUAGAAAGAGAGAGAGAGAGAGUGUGAGAGAGAGAGAGAGAGAGAGGCAGCAUGAUAUAGACAACAAGUGUGUCACAGAGGGAGAGAGAGAGAGAGAGAGAUAUGAGCUGAUGAGCACAGCUCAGUUCAUAGCCGAGACGCACAUACACACCGACACACACAUACACUAAGAAUGCAGGCGUCGGCACGCCCAUUUGUUGAUAUUGUUAACUAGCCUGUGUAUCUAUUAACUAUAUAUAUUUACUACAACUAUUUACAAAGCAAGCCAGUCAAUGACUACAGAAUCUAGUUAUUUAUCAAUUGUGUUUGGACCAACAACAACAACAACAACACCAACAGCAACAACAUCAUGAACUGCAACAACAACAACAACAUUUUUAUGGCAACUCAACGUGUUUCAUUAUAUUAUUAAAAAGAGAACACAAAGCAAAACCUAAACCACAAGCAAUUAACUAAUUACGAAACAUUUAAAUGAAAAUUUCAAGUUUAAAAAAAAACAAAAACAAAAACAAAACAAAAAAUAAUAAUAAUGAAAAAAAAAGUAUGCAAACAUUUUUAUGCAAAUUUUUUGUGCACACACUGAAACCACGCCCAAUUAUAACUGUAAAACUGUCAGCUGUAAACUUUAACUGUAACUAUAGUCGAAUAACUGUUAAAACUAUA